CACCAUUUCAUCUCCUCAUCCGAGUCCUCCUCCUUGUUCUCUUGUGCUGCCAGCACUGACCCUGCCCUGUCUCCUCUUGGUGCUCUCUGAGAUCCUGGCGUCCCAGCCAGCUUGGCAAGGGGCUGGGCGGCCGCGUUCUCCUCAUUCGUCACUGUCGUCCUCUACUGCAGAAUGAUCCAGGGACCUACUGCCUCCUGAGAGAGCAGUCCCUGCGGAGAGAUAUUGGGGCUGGUUGUGUGCAAUGGGACAGGAGACAAACAGGGUUCAGUCUCGUCGGGAGAAAUAAAUGGGUUUCUUAGUGUAUUUGGGAGAGAAAACUAGUUUUGAUACCACUCGUCUAUUGUACGCAGCGAUGCUGCCACAGCCGAGCGCAGCCUUGGGGCCGCUGUCCCGAUGCAUUUGGAAGGGCAGGGACACAAUGUGGAGCGCCGUGUGUCUUUGUGCUCCGUGUUUGUGCUGCCUGUGCGGGCGGAGCGGGGCUGGCGGGAGCCGCGCUCCCCUCAGAGCCCCUGAGGGCGGCAGCAAUGGCGGCGCCGCUCCCUCAGCACCGCCCCGGGGCGGGCGCCUUUUGGCGCCAAGACGGAGCUGCGGCUGCUCCCGGCCCCGCUCGGCCAUGGCCGCCCCCGCCGAGCCCGGGCACUCGCCGGCCUUCAAGAAGCCGCCGGCGCUGCUGCGGCUGAAGCGCAAACGCCCCGGGCGGAGGAGCGACCCCUCCGCAGCCGCGGGAGCUGGCGCUGCCCCCGCCCCGCGGGGCCCCUCUGCGGCCGCCCGCCGCCGCAACCCCUUCUCCAGCCUGGACAACGCUCCGCAGCGGGCGGCGGCCGCCCCUCAGCCCCCGGCAGCGGCCCCGGCGGGCGGGGAUCCGUCGGCAGCGCCUUUCUGGCAGUUUUUAGAGCCGGCCUGUGAAGAGAAGCCCUCCAGGAGUGCCGAGCCUGCUGAAAGUUCCGACAUCCUUGCCCUCAGCCAGGACCCACAUUCACCCCUUGCUGUACCCCAAGCUCCCUCCACGCCCAGACCGGAAUUCCCUGCAGACUGGAGUAUCAAAACUCGUGUUCUCUUCGUGUCCUCCCAACCCUUCACGUGGGCAGAGCACCUGAAGGCGCAGGAGGAGGCGCAGGGACUCGCCCAGCACUGCAGAGCCACAGAAACCCCCCUGCCCCGGAGCGUGCAGACCCCGUGGGACCCGCAGGAGCCGCGGCUGUGCUCGGAGCUGCGCUGCGCCUUCCAGCAGAGCCUCGUCUACUGGCUGCACCCCUCGCUGCCCUGGCUGCCGCUGUUCCCCCGCCUCGGCGCCGACAGGAGGAUGGCUGGGAAGGCCUGUCCUUGGGCACAGGACGAGGCCUUGCAGCAAGUGCUCAUGAGUGACUGGUCGGUGAGCUUCACCUCUCUGUACAACCUGCUGCGGGCGGGGCUGUGUCCGUAUUUCUACGUGUGCGCGGCGCAGUUCUCGGUGCUGUUCCGCGCGGCGGGGCUGGCGGGCAGCGCCGUGCCCACGGCGGCCGUGGCGCCCACCACGCGCGGCCUCCGCCACGCCAUGAGGAGCGAGGGCAUAGAGUUCUCCCUGCCUUUGCUCGAGGACGGUAGAACGAGGAAACAGAACUCUGAGGAGAGUUUGGAAACAGAAAGUGCUGAGGGCCGCAGAGAGGGGAGCAGUGUGGAGGAUGCGGGGGAACCAGCUCCCAGCGAUGACGAUGAUGAUGAUGGAAGUUUCUCUUGGCUUGAGGAGAUGGGAGUCCAAGACAAGGUGAAGAAACCAGACACUAUUUCUAUCCAACUGCGCAAGGAGAAGCACGACGUGCAGGUGGAUCACAGGCCCGAGUCGCUGGUGCUGGUGAGAGGCAGCAACACCUUCACGCUGCUGAAUUUCCUGAUCAGCUGCCGCAGCCUGGUGGCCGUGGCGGGGCCGCAGGCGGGGCUGCCGCCCACGCUGCUGGCCCCGGUGGCCUUCCGGGGCGGCACCAUGCACACGCUCAAGGCGCGGACAGUCAGCGGCCGUACGCGGGUGCAGGGGGGCUUUGAGGACGUGUUCAGCCUGGAGGUGCUGGGGCCGGUGCUGCCGCACGCCCUGCACGCCCUGACGCGGGUGCUGGCCCCGGCGCAGCGCGGCGCCUUCCGAGCCCUGCUCAGCCCCCACGAGCCCAGCGCCGCCUUCAACGCCCGCCCGGGCCCGCCCCAGGAAGGCGUGCGCCAGGACCUCCCUGCCUGCGGGCUGCACCCCAAGACUUUGGAGCAGCUGAGUCAGUGCCCCACGCUGGGGAAGUCGGCCAUCCGCUUGCUGGAAAUGAAGGAUUACGCCUACACCUGGAAGGCCUAGGAAUGCUGCUCAUCCUCUCCAGGUGCUGAGCUCGGGGCACGGCGGGAGGGACACGCCUGUGCUGCACAUCAACACUUCCAAGGCCUUGAAAGAAAGGAGGGCAAAGGCCUUGGGCAUCCCCAUUUUUAUUGUAGGAAGUGUUUUUUAAAUAAAAUAUGGUUUUAUAGGU